GAAUCUGCGCCGCCUGCCUGAGGUCUCGUGAUGUUGGUCAUAAGGUCUCAAGUACCGUUUGAGACAGCAGCUGCGUUUGCAGCAUGGCCUCGGAGCAGGAUGUUCGGGCACAGCUGCAGCGCGCGGGCCAGGAACAUCUCCUUCGUUUCUGGGACGAUUUGGCUCCGGAGGCUCGAGCUGCGCUGCUAGCGGAGCUCGCCUCUCUAGAGCCCGACGCUCUGCGUGAGCACUGCCAGCGCGCCUCCGCCGCCUGCGCGCUUGCCCCGGGUCCUCUGCGGGACUUGGAGGCGCGCCUGCAGCCCCUGCCCCCAGAACGCGUGGGCAGCGCGAUCCGCUGCGACCAAGAGACACGCCUGCGGUGGGAAGAGGAAGGUUUCCGACAGAUUGCUCUGAACAAAGUGGCUGUCCUGCUGCUGGCCGGUGGGCAGGGCACUCGCCUGGGCGUCACCUACCCCAAGGGCAUGUAUCAAGUAGGGCUGCCCAGCCAAAAGACCCUGUACCAACUGCAGGCAGAGCGGAUUCGGCGUGUUGAACAGUUGGCUGGCCAGCGACUGGGGACCCAUUGCACCGUGCCCUGGUACAUCAUGACCAGCGAGUUUACACUGGGACCCACCAUCAAGUUCUUCAAGGAGAAUGGCUUCUUCCACCUAGACCCCGCUAAUGUGGUCCUGUUCGAGCAGCGCAUGCUACCUGCUGUGACCUUUGAGGGCAAGGCCAUACUGGAACGGAAAGACAAAGUUGCCAUGGCCCCAGACGGCAACGGCGGCUUGUACUGUGCCCUGGCUGACCACCAGAUCCUAGAGGACAUGAAACGGCGGGGCGUGGAGUUUGUGCAUGUGUACUGUGUGGACAACAUCCUGGUGCGGCUGGCUGACCCAGCCUUCAUAGGCUUCUGUGUGCUUCGGGGAGCAGACUGUGGUGCCAAGGUGGUGGAAAAAGCAUACCCCGAGGAGCCAGUGGGCGUGGUGUGCCAGGUGGAUGGGGUCCCCCAGGUGGUGGAAUACAGCGAGAUUAGCCCUGAGACCGCUGGGCUCCGAGGGCCUGAUGGGGGCUUGCUCUACAACACAGGCAACAUCUGCAACCAUUUCUUCACCCGAGACUUCCUGGAUGUGGUCACCAGGGAGUUUGAGCCCUUGCUGAAGCUGCAUGUGGCCGUGAAGAAGGUCCCACACGUGGAUGAGGAGGGGAAUCUGGUAAAGCCGCUAAGACCGAACGGGAUAAAGAUGGAGAAGUUUGUGUUUGAUGUGUUCCAGUUUGCUAAGAACUUUGUUGCCUUCGAAGUAUCUCGGGAGGAGGAAUUCUCCCCGCUGAAGAAUGCUGACACAGCCAGCAAGGACAACCCUUCCACCUCCCGGAGAGCCUUGUUGGCUCAGCACUACCGCUGGGCUCUGCAGGCCGGAGCCCACUUCCUGGAUGCACAUGGGGUCCAGCUUCCUCAGCAGUCUGGCUUGCUCCCAAAUGGAGACCCUCCAGCCAUCUGUGAGAUAUCGCCCUUGGUGUCUUACUCUGGAGAGGGGUUGGAGAUGUACCUACAAGGCCGAAAACUCCAGUCUCCAUUCAUUCUGGAUGAGGACCAAGCCAGGCUGCUGCAGUCACAGGAGUGCUAACCUGCUUGCUCCCAGCCUCUCCAGCCCUGGGGUCCUACCGGGUGCUGAUGCAGCUCUGGCCCAGGCUCUGAGUGGACAUGCUGGCCUGCAGGACACAGAAGGGAGUGUGCUAGUUUACUUCACAAGGCUGGGACCUCUUGGGUCCCCCAUGGAGUGUGGUUGUCUGUCUGUGCUUGUUUUGGUUUUGCCCCAUUGCUGGCUCUGGGGCUCCGCUGAGAGGCAGAGGGUUGGGGACCUCGGCACACGGGACUGGAGGUAGAGGUAGAGUGUGAGGUGUUGUCUGAGAAGGCAACACAGGACAUGCACUCUGAUCCCACACUGCCAGCACACAGGCCAGCCAAGUGCUCAGCAGACGGAGAGAUGCCUCAUGGGGGUGUAGCUAAAGGACCCCCCCCCAGUAGCUGAACAGUAGCUAGCUGAGCAUGUCACCCAUGUGCCUAGACGUACCAACAGAAAAGGCAUUGAGGACUCUGAUGUACACGCCUGAGAUGAGCAAGUUCUCCCUGACUUCCGGAGAUCUGUCCCACAGUCCCAGUCUCCCAGUCAACACCCACAAGUGGGCCUGGCUGCUGUGUUCUUAAGUAUGUUCCCCCAAGAACCAGGCCACACUGUUGCCUUUUAGAGUGACUACUCAUUUUGUCCAGGCCAGCACAUCUCCUCCUGAUUGGUCUUUUCCAAGAGCUUAGAACUUACUUGGAGAUGUCGCCUCAGUGUAAGUGGUGCUUGGCUCAGCUGCCCAGCCUUGUACUGUCUCUGACAGCAACUCCAUUGACUCACAGCUGGCUUCCCGUGCAGGACAGGGGUGACACCCGCCCUUCCCCAUGAUGUAAUAGUGGUCCGGAGAGGCAGCAUGCUCCCUCUCAUCUAGCCUUGGAGGUAUAGGCUCCUGCUCACUCCUGUCCACAUUCCCAGAGGAGGUGGCUGGGAAGAGUAUAUUCACCUUGUGGUGUGGAAGCAGUGGGUCUGGACUUGGGAAAGAUGGCAGGAUCAGGCCCACGGCUGCCAUCUUGGGAACUGACAUGUAGAAGACAACUGGGCUUUUGUAAGCUCUGUGGUCAUCUUGCUGUAGGCCUCAGAAGCAAAGUGUAUUCUGGCACCCUUCUCUUCCUGCUCCACAGGCACGCUGGGGUCCCUGGAGGAGGAGAGGGUCCCUGAGGGAGACCAAAGGUUCAGGUUCUUCCUGAAUAAACAAUUAGUUGGGUGAA